CUCUCAUAUAAUACGUCGUAUCUCGAGAGAGGCAAAUCUUUUGUAUAUAGGUGCGUGCGGAGGAGAAAGAGACACCUCGCGAAGGUUUUUCAACUCCGCCAAGCUAUGACCCGCCUGAUUUAAUGACAAAGGAUCGUGCGCGGCUUCUGAGCCUCUUGCUCCGAUCUUAUCCCAUACGACCUAUCAUCCAACUGACCAUUUUGACUUUUUGAUUCAUUGUCGUCGUCGUCGUCGUGUAUAUGUAGCUCAUCCUAACGUUAUCAACCGCUGCCGAUGCAUCUACUCUCUUGGUUUCUCUAUCUAUAUCGCACACGGUUAUCUCGACUUUUUUCGUGCACUGGUGGCGCCACGACGCUCUUCUCACCUGCACUCCGUGCCGCGCGAUCGAAAAUUGCCUGUUACGCUGCAUCGCUGCGAGAGAUUUCCUGCAUCUCGGCGUGUAUCGUGCUAUCUAUAUACCUACGGCGGUCGCUCGGCGCGCUGCUGCUUUUAGCCGCGCGGACUAUCAUUUCUACUCUGAUCAUGGCUAGAUGUCGCCUCGCGUCGGGCAGCGCGGCCGGUUUUUUACGCCCACUCCGGCCUCCGCGAUUGCGACGUCUCGUGUGUAGCAGCUGCUGUGCUCCAUGCUUAUUAGAUGACACACACGAGGUAUUUUGUGUAGUAACCACGAGAUACCGCAGUCGAGGUACUACUUUUGACAUGUGAGGCACACAGCGUCAAUAACAACAAAAAUACAAGCAUACAAGGAUGACGGCUCUCGCUCAUCUCUCCAAAGCUACAGCUUACCCAGCGGCCCGAUUGAUGUUCAAGUCGAGCCGAAUCAAUCUCGAGUCGACGAGGCGCUGCGAGGCCAGCUUCGUGCCCCAGAGGGUUCUGGUGCUCACCAAGGUCUCCAGAUACAUGAUAGAAAAGCUACACAAUCCCAAUCUGUCGGAGGAGGAGCUGAAGAGGAAACUAAUCGAGAGGGAUAUUAAUUUUGAUGCCAUUCUUGGUGGACACAAUAGGAAUGAAGCUACUGCUAAGAAAACCAUAGAUACUCUGAAGAGUUUAAAUAUUGACUUUAGAGUCAAGAGUCGAUACAAUGUGGACAUUGACAGUAUAAAUUGGGCAGAUUUAGUGAUACCUGUUGGCGGGGAUGGAACAUUUCUGAUGGCAUCAAACUUGAUGAACAGUAACUCCAAACCUAUCAUAGGAAUCAAUUCAGAUCCGGAAUUUUCAGAGGGCUUUUUAUUGUUGUCAAGAAAGCACUCUAGUGAUAUUCCAGGAAUAUUUGAAAGACUGAGAUCUGGAAACUUUGAAUAUCUCAUGAGAAGCAGAGUUAGAACCACUCUAAUAGGUGAAAAUAUUUGGAGAACUCCAUUUCACAUGCACGAUCAAAGUUCAUCGUUAGGGGGAAAGUUCUAUAUUAGUCAUCACAAUUCUACAAUUCCAAAAGGCAAACUCCCCAAAACAAGAAGAAUACCCUGGUUAGCUCUUAAUGAAGUAUUCAUUGGAGAAUCUUUAUCUGCCAGAAUAAGUAUUUUACACAUAGGUGCAAAUGGUGGAAAAUUGCAAAAGGUUAAGAGUUCUGGGAUGUGUGUGAGUACAGGUACCGGUUCUACUUCCUGGUAUAGAGCAAUCAAUUGUUUGAAUCCUCAAGUGGUUCAAGAUGUUUUAUCUUCGGCUGGACUAAAAGAUCAGACGAAUUCCGACAUUGAAAAAAUUUGCUCUGAUUUUAAUUCAAAAAUUCAGUUCCCAGCUGAUGAGCUACAAUUGAGUUACACGAUCCGAGAUAUGAUUCUUAAGCCAUCCAAACCUACGCCAGAGCACACGUUUCCUCGCGGCUUUACCAAAAAGUUAACUAUCCGCUCUCAAUGUUACGACGGUGGUUUAGUAAUUGACGGUGGAAUUGCUAUACAUUUUAAUGCAGGCACUACAGCAGUGCUGGAGACUCUCAAAGAAGACGCCCUACGCAACAUCGUUUUCACUGAUUGAAUCCUAGGAAAGUUUAUUGAAACAUUCCUCAAAGUUUCAACUUUUGAGUACCUUUUAUAUGUAUAAAACGGAAAACUGUCCUGGGAUUUUUUCCCUACAUUUUUUAAACUGUAGUUUUAGAGAUUUUACUCAUUACUGAUAGUAAUAAGAUAACGAAUAUAUAUGUCAAUUGUUACUGCCGAAAUUGAUCAAUUGACUCGUCUUAAGAACGUAAGAUCUGUAUUCUUAAUGUAUACCUUUUGUACGAUAGCUUUCGAUACUCGAGAUAAGUUUUUAAAAUUUAAAAAAAAAUCUAACUAUUUUGUACGAGCUGGUCAAAAACUUGUCGAAUUCAAUGACUGUACCAUUGAGACGGAUUAUAAAAAGAGAUCAUUAGCUUUUACCGCUGGAUCGGUGUGGCACGCGCAUUUUUAUCUAUUGUAAUUUGAUGUUUGACCAGUUGAAAACCGCGUGGAUAUGUUAAAUUCUGGGAAAAAAUGUGAUAUAUUGUAAAGCACUUUGAUAAUCAAAAUCGCUAUUUUCACGUAUCAAGACUGCUAAUAAACACUCUACUCUGUAA